AUGGGCGAAUCUACGCCGUCGUCCCCGAAGACGCCACAGCCGCCUCAGACGCCGACGUCUUCAACGGCGUCGACGCAGUCCGUCAGGUCUUCCCGCAAAGUUCCUCUGCCGCGCUACACCUCCAUCGACCUAGAAAACGACCUUCCAGAAAUAUUCAGGUUUCCCUGAUUUUUCUUUCGGAGCCCUGUCAAAGUUAACUUCAGUACUUCAUUGAACCCAAACAUACACGAUCCAGACAUGUCCAUGUUCUUCAGUCGGACUGGGCCGCCCUUCUACGGAGCUCACUCGAAACGCGGAAGUCCGCCGCCUAGCUACCUGUCGCAACGAAGCCGUGGGUGGCUAUCAAAAUAACUGCGGGAUCAGAGCUCUUUCAGGAUCGCAAUCGACGACGAUUCAGAAGGCGGCGGAGCGCCGUCGACGUCUUCUGAGAGCGUUCGCCGUCGCUUUCGCAUGUACCUUUUUCGUGAUUCCAAUUUGCAUACUUCUUGUGUUCUACAUGAUUCCGGCACUCCUCGCUGCUUCUCCUAACGCUCCACACCGCGGGUGA